AUGAGUGGUGCUGGUAUUUAUGUGAGGUGUUUGGCUAGCACGAGAUGCGGUCAGCAGGAGGUAGGUAAGGACCAGUGGGAUGGCGAGGCACAAGGUAGUAAGGUUUUGGAAGAGGUGGAGAACGACGAACCAGAAGAUGAAGACGAUGCUGUUGAGUCUUCCAAUCUGUCAUCCUCAAGCGUUUCAUCUUCGUCAUCGUCUCCAUCAGCUGCUCAACGUCAGCGAAACCUUCACCACACCAGCUGUGUGCAAGAAGCACAACUCUCCCCAGAUGGAAGUUGCAUAUUCACCUCGGACUACAGCCGUUCCUUUUCCGUAUAUCCGGUCUCCAACGACAUUGGAUCCCACACCAGCGCUCAGAACCUCACACCAUAUGCGUCUUUCCGCUCGCCUAACCCGAUCUGGGCCUUUGCUGCCAACCCGCUCUUCAACCUGCAAGAUGCAAAUAGCACAACCGUGCUUGUCAGUCGACGAGACUCUUACAUCACAUUGCAUAAUGCCCUAUGGGAUAUUUCACGAACCUACGCCAACGAGGAAAAUUCGCCUCCAACUUCCGGACCAGUCGACAUCUCAACCCCCCUUGCUUCAUACAAACUAAUCAAUAACCUGACUGAAGCCGUCACAGCACCCAUAAGCCUAGCAUAUUCCCACGACGGUGCCAACUUCUUCGGCGGCUCCCAGGACAAAAUUGUCAUUUUCGACCUGCAGGAAACUGACAAACCCAUCCACACAAUCGCCACCAUACCCGCCCGCCGCAACAAACUCAAAGGCGGAGGCCGCGGCUUCAAAGGCUACAUAUCCGCUUUAUCCCUCUCCCCACCUUCCCCAUCUUCACGCGACGGCCUCCUAGCAGCCGGAUCACGCACCCGCCACAUCGGCAUCUACGACCCCACCAGCGGCGCCGAAGUCACCAGCUUCGCCCUCCCCGGCACCACCAGCGGCACCAAAUCCCGCAACGAGAACUUCAAAGACGUCAUGGGCGACGGCGUAUCAAGUCUCAAAUGGAGUCCCUGCGGCAACUACCUCUACGUCGCCGAGCGCAACGCAGACGUCCUACUCAUUUACGACGUUCGCAGCUUCUCUCUCGCCCUGGGGUACUGCGCGGGUAGAAGCGCGCUGACGAAGCAGAAACUCACGUUUGAUAUCUGGAAUGCGGGACAGUCGCCGUAUGAUGUUGAGGGGUUCUCGCAUGAGGUUUGGGCUGGGGGGACGGAUGGGAAGGUCAGGGUUUGGAGGGAUGCGUAUGCGAAGGAGGGCGCUGUGCUGCCAGAUGAAAUUGUUAGUGUGGGGAGGGAGGAUGAGUCUGUUGUUGCGUCGCUCGUUCAUCCAUCGGGGAGUUUGGUUGUAGCGGCAUCGGGGGUUGUGCGUGUUGAGGAGGAAGAGGAAGAGCAGAGAGGUGUGCAGAGAGGUGGUGGUGUGAGACCGAGGUUUCGCGAAUGGGGGAAUGUUGAUAUUUUGGCGUUGGGAUAG